AUGGCGCCCCCACCACGUCGAGCGGCGCGUCUGCUGCGCUACCUGCCCUUCUCGCAGUCGACGACGGCACUGCAAGCGCUAGCGUACCUGCUAGGCAUCUCGCUCUUCAGCAUCUCGUUCCUGGUGUUCCUCAACAGCAGCGUCUCGUUCGUCAUAACAGAUCUGAUUGGCAUCAAGGAGGGCGUGGGCGACAUAGUCGGCACUCUGGGAUUCGUCGACGAGAUCGUCGCCCUCGUCGCCUGUCCCGUAUGGGGCCUCGUGUCGGACCGCAGCGGCGUCCGCUAUGUCGCCGUCGUGGCCUAUGUCAUCAUCGGCCUGGCCCUAUUCCUCUUCGUCCAGGCCCGCAAUGUGUACCCCCAGCUGCUGCUCGCCAGAAUCUUCUUCGCCGUCGGUGCCACGGCCGCAGCAACCAUGGUUACAGCAAUUCUCCCUUCUCUAACCGACGACGACCAGCCGUCGGCCGACAUCGCCCCGAAAAGGCCGCGGAACAACCGACGGAGCGUCGCGCUCUCGGUCGAUUCCGAGGUCACCAUCACUCCUGAGCGCUUCCGGAGCUCCAGCAACGGCACCCCCGAGUCUGGCGACGAGCGCCAUUCGGAUGGGAGGCCGGAAAUGAAGGGGAAGCCGGGGGCGCUGGCCGGAUAUGUCGGCCUGUUCACGGGCUGCGGCGCCUUGGUGGCCCUGGUGCUGUUCCUCCCGCUGCCGACGCGCUUUGGCAACAUUAGCGGCGUUACCAUUGGCGAAGCCGUCAAAUAUAGCUUCUACGUGGUCGGCACCGUGUCCUUUGCCGUUGCCAUCUUCGUCUUCUUCGGGCUUCGCGGACUCCGUGGCGAAGAUGGCAAGGGUUGGCGCAUGUUGCUCGGCCUACGGGGAUCGACGCCCGAGGGAACAGCCCCGGGGUACCUGGCGGCCCCAAAGCACGUUAUACCGUACUGGCGUCUCCUUAAUGACUCGGUUCGCCUGGGCUUUACUGACUCGGAUAUUGCCCUCGGGUAUCUUGGCGGCUUCGUCGCACGCGCAUCAACCGUGGCCAUAUCCCUCUUCAUCCCCCUCUUUGUUAAUGCCUUCUUCAUCCAAAAUGGCUACUGCAAAGGGUCACCCAACGAUACGUCCCCCGAGCUCAAGAAGGAAUGCCACAAGGCCUAUGUUUUGGCUUCGAUAUUGACCGGCGUUGCCCAGCUCGUGGGCCUGCUCCUUGCCCCUGUUUUCGGUUACCUGUCCAACCGGACUGGCAAACUCGACUACCCCAUCGUUGUCGCGACCACGUGUGGUAUAGUCGGUUAUUUGGUCUUUGCGCAACUAUCUAGCCCCGAGUUCAAAGACACAGACGGCCGCGGCGGGAGCCCAGCCGUCUUCCUGUGCGCUGCGCUCAUCGGCAUCAGCCAGAUCGGUGCCAUCGUCUGCAGCUUGGGCUCGCUGGGCCGCGGAGUGCUCAAGGUAGAUGUCAUCAACCUGCUGACUACACCGAGCGGCGACCAGGAGACGGUGGUCGAGGCGCUGGGGUCGCCAGACGAUGCGGUUCCGCUUCUGGGGAGUGCGUCGGCGUUGCCCGACGAAGACCUCGUCUCGAGGGUCCGGCUCAAGGGCUCGGUUGCGGGCGUCUACUCGUGGUGCGGCGGAGCGGCAAUCCUACUCCUCACAAAACUGGGCGGCUACCUGUUUGACGCCUGGUCGACGGGUGCGCCUUUCUACUUGAUGGCCAUAUUCAACGGCCUGUUAUUGCUAUCGAGCAUAGCGAUUUCCAUUGGUAAAACUGCUCGGAUCAGGCGGAAUACAUAUCACGCGUAG